CAGGCGCAGCAAACUUGCCACUACGAGUCUGGGAAUACGUAGCAGGAAGCAUCCUGGAUGUCUGCCGUUGUUUUGUUAACCCAAAAAAGCACCACGGAAGUCCCAAACCAUGAACAUUGUGGGCCACUUUGCGGAGACUGUGUUCGUGACAGUGAAGGAGUUGUACCGCGGCCUUAAUCCCGCCACUCUGACCGGAGGGAUCGACGUGAUUGUGGUGCGACAGCCCAAUGGAUCUUUCCAGUGUUCCCCCUUUCACGUUCGCUUCGGCAAGCUGGGUGUGCUGCGCUCCAAGGAGAAAAUUGUGGACAUCGAGAUAAAUGGUGAAUCGGUUGACCUGCACAUGAAGCUGGGGGACAAUGGAGAAGCUUUCUUUGUGGAGGAAAAUGAAAACAUGGAGUCCCAGGUCCCAGCUCAUUUGUGCACCUCCCCAAUCCCUCUGGAGACCUCAGAGGAGCUCGAGGAGACAGGCGAGGGAUCCAUCAUAACUGGGUCUGGUGCUCGCAAGAAGAAACGCCGACGCAAACGAAUCCGUUCUGAUUCUCACCUGAGAGACGAGGCCGGAUCGUCGUCGGACGAGAGAGAAAGACAGAGGGAGUUGGAGAGAGAGAGCGAUCAGGCCGGACAGGAGAGUCCUGCUAAAGAGGGGCCCAUGACACCGCUGCACGCCAGUAAAUCAGUGUACUACUCGCUGUCCGAGGAACCAAGUGAGCUAGCGGCCAUGCAGAGCCGAGACACUCAUCCACACUCAGACGAAGAGCAGUCACCCUCAGAUAGUGUGUUCCUCAGCCUAGCCACCUCUCCCAAGAGCGACUCUGAGCUUGUGGUUAAACCCCAGGGGUCCUCUGGGCCUCAGAUAGAGUGGAACUGGGGUGCCUUUCCCGUGCUGUGUCAAACAGAGAGGAUCUCCCCUUCUGGCAGCUCUCAUUUCUGCACCAUAGAGAGACAGGACUCCUUCAACACGGGCUACCAGCCUGUGAUCAGCUGUGGCAGAGUGGGCAGGGUAACAGUGGUCAGGCCACAACCAAGGACUCAAUCUUUGGAUCUAGGUAGCCUCCCUAUGCAGACCCCCCCUUUAUCCAAGGAGAAAAACUCUCACAUUGCUCAUUCCACCCCCACUGACCUCGUCAUGUCGUAUGCACCUGCAGCUAAGACUUAUGUGGACUUAGAAGAAGAAAAAGAGGAGCGAUCUUCUUUUAUAGCUAAUUUAAUAGAUGGAACCAAUUCUCCUGCUUGCAAAGAAAGCACAACCAGCGUUGAGCUUAUUAACACUGAGACUGAUGUUAUAAGCCCAAAAAAACAAGAUAGUGAGACCGAUUUAAACAACGCACAAAUACAACUCAUAAAAGAUAGCGAGGAAUGCAGUGCGACGAGGUCAGACCUGCAGAUGCAGAGCGCCUCAUCAGAGCACGGGGAGCAGGGAUCCACCAGCAGUCCCCCUGUGAGUGAGGGGGACAGUGGGAUAUAUCCCUGGGCAGAAGGGGGGGAGGAGGACCGUGGACCAAAAGCUGACGGGAGAGACACCGCGACCAGUUGGACUACUGUGGAGGCUUCAGCAAAUUCUUCUGAGGUGUCCUCUAAAGUGGAGCAAGUGGAAAAGAAAAAGGGUAAACGAAAUCAUCAUCUAGGACCGACAGAUAUUUACCUGGACGAUCUGAGGACGUUGGACCCGGAGAAGGCUGCACUUUAUUUCCCUAAGAGUGAGGCAGAGGGGAGUUCUCAGCAUGGGGCCGAGCAAGGCUCCUACUCAGGGAGCCAGUCCCCACAGUCUGUGGGCAGCGGGGCCAUGGACAGCGGGACAGAGUAUCUGUCUGAUUCCACCUCCUACAACAUGGAUGUCAGCAUGUCCCUCUGCGGACAGGAGGGCGACACCAGCCAGAUCACUAAGGAGAAGUUCAUGGAGCAUAUCGUGACAUACCAGGAUUUUGCCAACAAUCCGGGAAUCAUUGAAGAUCCGAGUCUCGUAGUCUGCAUCAACUCCAACUAUUAUAACUGGGCAGCAGCUGCUCCAAUGGUCUUGUCAAUGACAACUUUCCAGAAAAAUCUACCCAAGGGUACAAUUGACCGGCUGAUGAAAGACAAGAUGCCUAAAAAGAGUGGACGCUGGUGGUUCUCCUGGAGGAGAAGAGACAUGGACAACAACCAGCAGAAGAUCUCAAAAGAGGAGCAAGAUGAGCCACUGGCCAGUGUAUUUUCCUCAGUAAAAGCCACAUUGGAUGACGUGGACAGUGAUGAGGUAGCUGGACUCGGCAGAAAAGCAACCCUUCCAGUCAGCCUAUCAACAGAAACCCUCAGCGCCACUCAGUGCAUCAGUCAGAUGUACCGCAAAUCACUGCGUCUGACCUCUGAACAGAUAGAACACUUGAACCUGCGUGAAGGAGCCAACAAAGUGGUUUUCAGUGUGACCACACAAUACCAAGGCACCUGUCGCUGUGAGGCUGCCAUCUACCUGUGGAACUGGAACGAUCGCAUCAUCAUAUCAGACAUAGACGGCACCAUCACAAAGUCUGACGCUCUGGGUCAUAUUCUACCUCAGUUUGGAAAAGACUGGACUCACAAAGGCAUCGCCAAACUCUACCACAAAAUACACCAAAAUGGAUAUAAGUUCCUGUAUUGUUCAGCCAGGGCCAUAGGCAUGGCUGCCAUCACAAAGGACUACCUUCAGUGGGUUAAUGACCAAGGCACUGUCCUCCCCAAAGGCCCUGUGCUGUUGGCCCCCAGCAGCCUCUUUUCAGCUCUACACAGAGAAGUUAUUGAGAAGAAGCCCGAGGUUUUUAAGAUCGCUUGCCUCGGUGACAUCAGGGACCUGUUCAACCCACAGAGACGGCCCUUCUACGCAGCCUUUGGCAACAGGACUAAUGAUGCUUAUGCCUAUAAGCAGGUCGGGGUGCCUGACACCAGAUUAUUUACUGUCAACCCAAAAGGAGAGCUCAUCCAGGAGAAAACGAAAGGCAACAAGUCCUCGUACAGCCAUCUAAGUGAGCUGGUGGAACAUUUCUUCCCCAUGCUGUCUGUGGAGGGCAGCAUGUCCUUCGCUCUGGACUGCCCUGAGUACAGCAGCUUCUCUUAUUGGAAGGAGGCUUUGCCGGAGCUGGACCUGGAUGCACUACUAUAGACACAUAAACAUACACUUCUAACACACACACACACACACACACACACACACACACACACACACACACAUUUAUAGGCAGGAACAUGUGCUCUCGCAUUUGUCGUCUCCUUUUCCAAAAGAUUUUCUUGAGUAUGCCUGAAUUUUGCCUGCCAUCUGUCAUGUGUGUUCAUGGGAAACUGAACAAACUGAAACAGAAAGAGGCAGCUGUCCCGUCUUUCACGGAGGGAAUGAUACACAAUAUGUACUUAGCAUUUCAAAACGAAGUGUAUAAACCAUAAUGGGCACUCUUACAUUGACUACGACCAAAUACACGAUGCUACAUUUUUUAAAUGACAAAAACGAAAUAGCUAUGGAUUAAAACAACUUUAAAGUGUAUUCUGAUUGUGUGCACAAGUUUCCUAGACAUUCCAAAUAUGAAUUUAAACUGUGUACUGGUAUAUAAUCUUAAUCCUGUCACAGGUUUCAGGUGUACAAACUGCCAUAUUUGAAAAGAAAAUGAAUAGAAACACCUUCAUCCUGCACAUAACAAAACUAUUCAGGAACAACUGCCUGUUUAUGUUUUUUUUUUUACUUUAUCUCGAAAUCUUUGGUUCAGUCCUUGAAGCUCAACCACUAACACAGCAACUAGACAAACCUGAUAUUAUUUAUGUCAGGUUUGUACAAGCACUAGUAUCAUUACAAGUACAAUUAAUUUCUUAAUGUAGACAACAGGGAAUGUAUUUGGACUUGGGUUGGCUUCAUGUGUUGUACCAAGUGAGCAAAUGUGAUGUGAAAUGUAUUUAAAGUGUUUAAUUUAACUUUCUGUAUGACCCAGUAGGGAUGUGGUACUGCACGUGGAUACUGUAAAGGGGUUAAGGGACUUUAGUAUUACUUUUUUUGAAUAACUGUGGACUGCAAUAAGUAGUUUUAUCUGACCAUAUCUCAAAAUUUGAAUUUGCAACAUGCAUAUUUCACAUUCUUUUCAGGUUUUAAAAUGUUGCACACUACAUAAACACAGCUGAGGGUCAGAGUGACUCUGACUUGACUCUGGUGAAUUGUAAACUGAGCAGUUUACCAUGCCACUGUGCCUUUGUACAAUAGCGACUGUUAUAUAUUUAUUAUUAUAUUUUGCAUAUCUUUCAAUAUCCAACUGUGAUGAAAUGAAUUGGAGCUGAGUAUUUGACUGUUUGAUUGUAAACCAAAUAUAUAGAAAUAUAAAUGCGUUUUAAAAAUAA